CCAGAUGACAACUAAUAAUCUCCCCGUUAUAAGUGUAACUGUAAUUAAUAAAAUGGUUAAUUGGCUUCUUGCGAAAUUCCGUUAGACACAAAAUGCAGUUGAGGCGACGGUAAGAAAUUUAAAAGUCAAGAACCCCUUUGGCGCAAAUGGCAUUUCUCCACUCGGCAUUCGAUGUCAAAUACCACCAAAGCCGCCACGCCCCAGCGUUAUACCAAGCCGAACCUCCCUAAACCCGACAGAUCGCCGCAUCUCCCCGCCGGUCUGUCGACGGAUCCGCUCCUCCGGGAUGGCGCUUUCAUUUCCCCCGUUUCCGGCUCCUCCGGGGGCCAAGCCAUUCCACCACCGGGCGACAAUCAGCAGCGCAACUCCCCCUCGGCUAACGGAACGCCGGAAUCUUCUCGAUCGCGGUCGAGAGUGUCGGAGACGAGCUGGUUGCCCCCUGGAUGGGUGGUGGAAGACAGAGUCAGAAGUUCGGGUGCGACGGCUGGGACGCGAGAUAAGUACUACUAUGAUCCUGUCUCGCGCCGCCGGUUUAGGUCCAAGCGAGAGGUGCAGUAUUUUCUGGAGACGGGAAGCGUGAAGAAGCAAAAAAGAGCAGAGAACUCUGAUGCUAAUGCUAAUUCUGCAGAGGGCUCCAGUACUCAGAAAAGCAAGACGCCUAAAAAGGAAGCUAGAGUAGCUUCUCAUUUGGACUUCAAUUUUUCCAAUGUGCCCGAUAGUGUUGAAUGGAUCCUAGCAGAUGCGAAUAAAGGUACAUGGACGCCGUUUGUCGCAGGUAAAAAGCCUCCUGAUUCCGAGAGGCAAAUAUGGAAUGUUACUUUCAAAUAUCUGGCGGCUAGAACUGUAGAAUAUACAGCAAAAGGGAAGCAUCCCAAAUGAAGCACAUUCCCUCUCUCGGUGGUAGCUUUUGCUGUUUGGGGUAUCUUCCACUUCAUUUUCCCAUCCCCUCCGCCAGAGUUUGUUUCAGCUCGCUCCCAUGGAUGAUACUCCCCCAUUAGAGUCUGUAUUUUAGUAUCUAGCGAGGUCUCCUCAUUCACCAAUGUAAUAUUGACUGUAUCCUUAGAACUCUCCAGGAGUACCUGCUAGCAGUGUAAGGAUCCUGCAGAUGGUUUUAUUUUCAGCUUUGCUGAAACUAGAGACUGCGAUUUAGAUGUUUUUGUGUAGCUUUGAUCGCGUUAAGGGUCGGGGGGAAGAGGAAUAGAACCAGCUGCUUUGCUCUUCAAAGUGAGCAGAAUGAUAGUUUUUGAUGACCAGAGUCUGGUGUGGGCACAAGUCUUCUUUCUUGUUGACCAGAGUAUGGGGUUCAUUUUGUACCUGUGUAUCUGUAUUGGGGAAGUUUUUGUUGACCAGAGUCUGGUGUGGGCACAAAUGUUCUUUCUUGUUUGUCUCGCUUCUUUUUUUGUUAGUUAUGUACUGAAUUCAUUUUUAUUGUUUGAUCAUAUGCUUACUCUAUGUUGACUCAUCUCAGCUUCUGUCAUGGUCUCAGUUAAGUUGUAAAGUGUUAGCCUGAAGAUAGUCUUAAACUUUAGUAUCCAUGCUUAGCUUUGCCUAUACCUGAAGUUGGCAGUGUUGAACUUUUAGGAUUCAUGUUGAUGGGUGGUAAGACCCACAGCAAGCAUUGAAAAAAAGGGGGAAAAAGGAAAAAAAGGAGGGGAAAGCCUACAAUAGGGGAGGAUAAAAAGGCUAAAAAGGA